CGGUUUAAACACAAAUUCGAGUAAUAAUGUGAAGUGAAAGUGCUCCAUACUUUAAAGAAAUUUAAUACCAUCUUCAAAUUUAAUAUUUUUUUUGGAAUAUCGGUCAAAUUAGAGCAUGGCAAGUACUACAGUAUUAGAUCUGGUGUCUGGGCUCAAAUCUCGCUAUGCAGAGACGAGGCAUAAGGCUAUACGCGAGCUCCUACAUUUCGCCAAAACAGACCUACGGGAGAUGUCCCCGGAGGUGCAGGCUCAGAUCUUGGACGAAUUCAGUCAACAGAUACAUGCUCUCACAUCCAGCUACGAUAAUAUCGAGAAAAAAGCGGGCAUACUUAUUAUAGUUUGCCUGAUAGGUAGUGAUAUGGAAACAACAAAAACUAGAACAAUCCGUUAUGCGCAUUACCUGCGAAACAUCUUUCCUACUAAUGAUGUGAGUGUGUUGGAGCUCGCAGCAAAAACAAUGGGCCGUCUGGCAGGGAGCCUAGGCAUUAAAAGGGCUGAGUAUUUAGAGACUGAAAUCAAAAGGUCCUUUGAGUGGUUGUCUGAGGAAAGGAGUGAAGGCAAAAGAUUGUCCGCUGUUAUCAUUCUGAAGGAACUGGGUAUUGCUAUGCCAUCAUACUUUUACCAGCAAAUCAAUGGCUUCUUCACACACAUCAUUAUAGCUCUUAGAGAUCCUAAAGAACAAAUUAGAGAAGCUGCAGCGAAAGCUUUACGUGCUGCCUUAGUUGUGACUGCACAGAGAGAGACUCCUGAACAAAAUGUUAAAUUAAGAUGGUAUUCUGAGUGUUAUGAGGAAGCCAUGUCCUCUUUUUCUGAUCAACUAUCUAGAGAAAAGGGUCUAAGCAGAGAUGACCAUGUACAUGGAGCAUUACUGAUAUUGAAUGAACUAUUGAGGUGUUCAAAUUCAGAAUGGGAGAAAAAAUACACAAUGUUGAUGCAAAAAUUGGAUGCAGAUCAAGAUGUCUCUGAUGAGAUAUCUUCAGUCAAUGUAAAAAUGCAGCACUCAUGGUCCUCUCAACAUUUCACAGAAGAUAAAAGUCAAACAACCAUUUAUGAAUCUACUAUUUGCAAGAAAUUUAUAUCAGAGAAAUAUGAAAGGAUUUGCUCAGAAGUGAUGGCACAACAGAUCUCCAGGUCUCACAGUGUCCAUCAAAUGCUACUUCUCAUGAUCCCUCGUUUAGCAGCAUUUAAUAGAGAGGUAUUUGUAAAAAAACACCUACAGUCCACCACAAACCAUUUGAUUACUUUUCUGCGAGGUCGGGAAAAAGAAAAAGCCAUGGCAUUCACAACUUUAGGGCUGAUUUGUGUUGCCGUAGAAGAGGACAUACAGCAAUACUUAAAUAGAAUCAUCGAAAUCAUUAAAGCCACUUUACCAGCCAAAGAAACUCCAAAAAAGCGCAAUGGAUCUGACACUCCUCUGUUCAAUUGUGUUACACUGUUAGCAUUUGCCAUGAGAGAGAACGUUGCCAAUGAAGUGAAAGAUUUGCUCGACUCAAUGUGUGCAACAGGUUUAAGUCCACAACUUACUACCUGUCUCAAAGAACUUAGCCAGAAUGUGCCAACUUUAAAAAAUGACAUCACUAAUAGACUUUUAAAUAUGCUGUCAUUAAUAUUGAGAAAGAAACCUUAUGCACCUCACUGUGAUGAACAACAAAUUGUCCAAAUGCUGUCUUCAGCUUUACUAGAGCCACAUGAUGCAAACAAACUAGUAUUAGCACUUAGAACACUUGGUUCCUUUGAUUUUGAAUGGAAUAAUACUCUAAUGUCGUUUAUAAGACGUUGCACUGAUCAUUAUUUGCUCAGUGAACAACAAGAUAUACGGAUUGAGGCAGUUAAAACUUCGUCUAAGUUGCUUAUAAAAGCUAUUGAAAGAUGCGCACAGACAAACUCAAGAACUUUGAACUUGUUAAGUGAUGAAUCACUUGGAAAACUUUUGUCCGUUGGGAGAUCAGAUUUCGACCACGAAGUUCGUUAUAAAGUGUUUGAAAUAUUUACAAAUCCAAUAUUUGAUAAAUAUUUGGCUGUUGAAGAACACUUAAGUUGUUUGUUUGUAGCAAUAAAUGAUUCAAACAGUGAUGUCAGCGAAUUGGCACUUUGUGUAUUCGGCAGGCUGAGCAACAUAAAUCCGAGCUACACAACUCCAAAUCUACGUCAGUUGUUCAUACAAAUUCUUAUUGAACUGCAGCACUCUGAAUCCAAUCGUACAAAAGAACAAUCAUUGCGUAUGGUGAACAACAUCAUAUCACACGCACCAAGGAUAACAAGACAAUUUGUUAACACCAUCUUGAAGGUAUUGGUGCCAAAAUUGAAAGAAGAAGAGGCGAAUCCUACCAUGGUGUCGUCCAUUUUGAAAACUAUUGGGGAUUUGGCGGAAGUGAAUGGAGGAGGAAACGCUUUAAGCCCAUGGCUUCAACCAAUAAUAUCAACCCAAUUAGAAAUUCUUUCGGAUCCUAAUCAACUAGAGAAAAGAAGUGUGGCGUUGUGGUCUUUUGGACAAGUAAUCGGCGCCACCGGACACGUGGUCGCACCUUACAUGGAAUAUCCUCAUCUUAUGGAGACACUACUAAGCCUUUUAAAAUCUGAGCAGCAAAUGAGAGACAGGCGUGAAAUAAUUCGGAUUCUGGGACUGCUAGGAGCAUUAGAUCCCUAUAAACACAAAGUUAACCAAGGGUUCAUUGAUUUUCAAACUGUGUCUACCUUGAUCCCAAUAUCGGAUUCACCAAGUAACGAUGCUUUUGAUGUCAUGUUAGUUAACAUGUCGCCUUUAGUGCUUGACGAGUUUUAUCCUGCAAUAGUCUUGACAUCCCUGAUGCGCAUUUUCCGCGAUCCGUUAUUGGCGCAACAUCACGCCACUGUGAUUCAUUCUGUUACUUUUAUUUUUCACUCAUUGGGUAUCAAAUGUGUGCCUUACAUUUGCCGGGUCACACCAACUCUUUUGCAAACUAUACGUAGCACAGACAAUAGUAAUUUCCGUGAGUUCCUGCUCACUCAGUUGGCUCAGUUAAUUUCCGUAGUCAAAAUUCACAUCCGCAAUUAUCUGGAGGAUAUAUUUGACCUCAUUAAAGAAUACUGGACUCCCAAUAGCUCGCUUCAACCGACUCUGAUUAUGCUUGUAGAACAUAUUACAGUAGCUGUAGGUACCGAAAUCAAAGUAUAUCUGCGUAAGAUAUUGCCGAAUAUAUUACGUGUCCUCAAAUAUGACCGCAGUAAGGACAAGUUCUUGACUGAAAAAUUACUUUUGACUAUUCAAAAAUUUGAAAACAAUUUAGACGACGUUUUACUAUCAAUUGUACCAGCAAUCACGGGGUUGUUUGAUGGAAGGAAUAUUCCAGCUACUGUGUCUAAGUUAGCAAUGGAAACUAUUGAACACCUCUCUAUGCAUUUGUAUUUCAAACCUUACUCAGCUGUUAUCAUACAAGCUCUAGCAAAAGUUUUGGAUAACAAUCCCGCUUUAAGACAGACUGCUAUGAAUACACUGUGUGCCUUGGUGGUGCAACUAGGACGGGAAUACAUCGAUUACAUCCCUUCUGUGGAGCGAUUGAUGAUAAAACAUAAGAUUCAAUGUCCAAACUACAUGGUUUUAGUAGCAAGGCUACAAGUAAUUUCCACCCUGGCUAGUGACGAUGACUACCUUGAUGAAACACGUUUGCAAUUACGAAAUCAAAAGAAAAAUAUGAUGGCUGCCGAUACGCAAAUGAUUCAAAAGUUGACUGUCAAUGUUCAAAAUCUACGUAAAUGCUGGUCUGUACAUAAUUUAAUAUCAAAGGAAGAUUGGCUAGAGUGGCUGCGACAGCUCAGCGUGGCUUUUAUUACGGAGUCAAACAGUCCAGCUAUCAGAGCUUGUUCAAGCCUAUCUCAAAAUUACCCUCAACUAGCCCGUGACCUUUUCAAUGCUGCAUUCAUGUCGUGUUGGACGGAAUUAGAUGAGAUCUCAAGAAAGGAACUAGUAUCCGCUCUUGAGAAAGCCCUGAAAAUACCUGACGCUUCUGAGCUUUCUCUAGCAAUUUUGAACUUGGCUGAAUUCUUGGAGCACUGUGAAAAGGGAGUAUUGCCUAUUUCUAUCAAGCUAUUGGGCGAUACCGCAAUAAUCUGCAGAGCUUACGCUAAAGCUCUUUAUUACAAGGAAGAGGAAUACAAGAGAAAUCCGACUACUCAAGUGGUAGAAGCUUUAAUACAUAUAAAUAAUAAACUUCAACAAAAGGAAGCAGCUAACGGCUUACUGGAGAAAAUAAUCAAUCAAAACAAAAGCGGCGAUUGUUCAUUCAACGUUCACGUACGCUGGUACGAGAAACUGCACAACUGGGAGCAAGCACUAGAUCUCUAUAACAAAAAGCUAGAGGUCGAACCUCAGGAUAGCACGUCGAGACUUGGACAAAUGAGAUGUUUAGAAGCUAUGGGUGAAUGGAGAAAACUGUAUAAUACAACCAUAGAUAACUGGGACAACUUUUCUGAGGAUUUAAAGGUGAAAUCAGCUAAAAUAGCCGCGGCGUCUUCUUGGGGCCUUCAAGAGUGGGAUUCUAUGAAAAAAUUUGUUGAGGCUGUUCCCGAAGAUACGCAAGAAGGCGCUUUUUACAGAGCCUUAAUUGUUAUUCACGAAGGACAUUGGCCAGAGUCUAGGCAUUAUAUCGACACAGCGAGAAAUUUAUUGGACGCAGAGCUAUCAGCAAUCGUCGGAGAGAGUUACCAAAGGGCAUACAGUUCAUUAGUUAGUGCUCAACUGCUGACAGAGUUGGAAGAAGUGGUAACUUACAAGCUUGUAGAGGAACGAAGGAAUAUCAUCAAGAAAACGUGGUGGUCUCGUCUUCAAGGAGGUCAAAGGCUGGUUGAGGACUGGAGGAAAAUGUUGCAGAUUCGCAGUUUGGUUAUUACUCCCCGAGAAGAUUUUCAAUCGUGGUUAAAAUUCGCUUCUUUAUGUCGCAAAACGGGUGCCAUAAGUCAAGCUCAUAAGGUUGUUAUAUCUAUUUUGGGUUGCGAUCCUGUUACGAACCCGGAUAUUUUAUUACGAUUGCAAGAACCUCGAUUGAUAUUGGCUUACUGCAAAAACUUAUGGGAUGCAGGGAACAAACGAUAUGCAUACGACGUCCUUCAGAGAUUCGUUGAAAACUCCGACCCAGAUAAUGAAGAACAGUGCCGAUUACUAGCCCGUUGUCAUUUAAAACUCGGUUCAUGGUGUGAAGCUCUUCAAGAAAUCAACGAGCUCUCUAUACCAGAAAUACUGCGAAAUUAUGCAGCAGCCGCGAUUCUUGCUCCAGAGUGGUAUAAAGCAUGUCACGCUUGGGCCUGUAUGAAUUUCGAAACAGUCUUGUUCUAUAAACAACAGGAUAACAUUUCUGAGAGCAGUGUCGCGGGAGGUUCGGGAGAAAAGAAAGUGUCACGGGCGGAUUUCAUAAAUACACACACUAUACCCGCUAUAGAAGGAUUCUUUAAAUCUAUUAGCUUGUCUAAUGGAAGCGCGCUACAAGACACGCUGAGACUAUUGACUUUAUGGUUCGAUCAUGGUCACCACCCGGUUGUUUACGACGCGUUAUUUGAAGGCAUUCGCCAAAUCGAUGUGAAGAUAUGGCUUCAAGUGAUUCCGCAGUUGAUUGCCAGGAUAGAUUCGCCUAGGAGUUUGGUUGCCAAGCUUGUGCAUAUUCUCUUGAUCGAUAUAAGUAAACUUCAUCCGCAAGCGCUAGUCUACCCAUUGACGGUGGCCACCAAAUCUUCAUUUGUGACAAGGAAAAGCGCUGCCAAUUAUAUUUUGAAAACAAUGUGUACGCAUUCACAAAAUCUGGUCAACGAAGCUGCGGUUAUAUCAGACGAGUUAAUCAAGGUGGCUAUUUUAUGGCACGAUCAAGUCUUUAUUGCUUUGGAUGAAGCAUCCAGAUUAUAUUUCAGUGAAAAAGAUUAUCGUGGUAUGUUUAAAACUUUGGAAAAAAUGCACACAAUGUUGGAGCAACCACCAGAGACGCUGAAAGAGGUUUCCUUCCUGCAAAUGUAUGGCAGAGAUUUGCAAGAAGCGCAGCGAUGGUGCGAGCUGUACAAGGAGAGUGCUGACGAUAGGUAUCUGAACGAAGCCUGGGAUCUCUACUAUCACGUGUUCCGACGUAUUGCCUCUCAGUUCCGUUCUCUUACGUCGUUGGAGUUGCAGUAUGUGAGCAAAAGACUUCAUAUGUGUAAAGAUUUUGAGUUGGCUGUGCCAGGUUCUUACGUACCCAAUGAGAAGGUCAUAAGGAUAUCUCAUAUACAUGGUCAAUUGCAGGUAAUAAAAUCAAAACAACGCCCGCGUCGCCUUACCAUUCAAGGUUCAGACGGAAAGCAAUAUAUGUUUCUUCUCAAGGGCCACGAAGACCUCAGACAAGACGAGCGUGUCAUGCAAUUAUUUGGCCUGGUCAACACUUUACUACAGACAGAUACAAACACUUACAGACACGAUUUAGCAAUACAGAGGUAUGCUGUAAUACCUCUAUCGCCAAAUUCUGGACUCAUAGGCUGGGUCCCACAGUGUGAUACUCUGUACAAUUUGAUCAGUGAUUAUCGCGACAAGAAGACCAAUAAAAUGGCCUUAAAUACAGAGCAGCAAAUUAUGUUGAAAAUGGCAUCUGAAUAUCAGAAGUUAAUGCUGAAACAUAAGGUUGAAGUAUUUGAAUAUACACUAUCACAGACACCAGGCAACGACUUGGCUCGACUGCUUUGGUUGAAAAGUCCUUCGGCGGAAGCAUGGUUCGAGCGUCGCACCAACUACACACGCUCUCUAGCAGUCAUGUCUAUGGUGGGGUAUAUACUCGGGCUCGGUGACCGCCAUCCUUCGAACAUCAUGCUACAUAGAGUCACCGGGAAAGUCCUGCAUAUUGACUUUGGAGAUUGUUUCGAGGUGACCCAAACUAGAGAAAAAUUCCCUGAAAAGAUCCCGUUCCGUUUGACUAGAAUGCUGAUUAAUGCUAUGGAGGUAACCGGCAUCGAAGGCACAUAUCGCUUCAACUGCGAAUCAGUAAUGCACGUUCUCCAUAAACACAGAGACAGCGUGAUGGCCGUCCUCGAGGCGUUCGUCUACGACCCUCUUCUCAAUUGGCGUUUGGUCGAUAACGAACGACAUUCGCUUACAGAAUCCUCAUUUUCUUCAGACAUCGAUUCCUCGUACACUCUUCCCAGUAGAAGCAGAAACCAGUUGCAUUAUGAGUCAUUAGAAAUACCUCCAGAAACAAACCUCAACAAGCGAGCUUUGGCUAUACUAAACAGAAUAAGAGAUAAGUUGACAGGUCGUGAUUUCCCGCAGAUAGAAGCGGUUGUAAGCGUCCCGAAGCAAGUAGACUUGUUAAUAAAACAAGCGACCAACAACGAGAAUUUGUGUCAAUGUUAUAUUGGAUGGUGUCCGUUUUGGUAACACUUAACGAGUUCAUGACAUAUUUACCAUUAUGUAACAUGGACUAAAUAACUCAAGUGGACUGCUAAUCGUCAUACUGCAGAUCAUAGCUCUUGAAAAGGUCAAAAUUCCAUCUAAAAUCUGGAUGGCGCUGAUGAAUAGCCUCGAAGUAUGAUCUUCAAUGUGAAAUAUCGACCCCUCCUACGUGAAGUAUGGUAUGUCGAAAUUGCCAAGUU